ACAUUGCUAUAUCCUUCCAAGUUCAGAGCAAAUUUGCUGGUGUCCCUUCGCCUUAUACCACUUUCUUCUCGCUUGGUAUUGACCUGGGGAAAAGCCAUGGACGUUCUUCGAUUCGUUUGCGGCGUUCUCGGAAAUGCGGUCAGUGUGCUCCUUUUCUUGGCGCCUAUGACCACGUUCAAGAGGAUCAUAAGGAGCCGGUCGACCGAGCAAUUCUCGUGCGUCCCUUACAUGGGGACUCUUCUUAGUUGCAGCCUCUACACUUGGUAUAGUCUACCGUUCGUGUCGCCGGACAACCUUCUGAUAUUGGUCAUUAGCGGCAUAGGAGUAGUGAUUGAGCUCACGUAUGUUUUGAUCUUCAUCACAUACGCACCAAAGAAGGAGAGGGCAAAGAUCAUGGGACUCUCUGGACUUGCUCUGAUCCUUUUCAUAACAUUUGCCUUUGUCUCCCUCUUCGCCCUGCACGGCAAGACCCGGAAACUCUUCUGCGGCAUCAUGCUCAACAUUUUCUCUACUAUCGCAUACGCUUCACCUCUAUCAGUCAUGAUGUUGGUGAUCAAGACGAAGAGCGUGGAGUUCAUGCCUUUUUUGUUAUCGUUGUCCUGCUUCUUAUCCGGCAUUUUUUGGUUCGCAUAUGGCUUUCUUAGUCGGGACCCCUUUCUCAUGGUGCCUACUGGAUUGGGGACUGGGUUUGGGAUUGCCCAACUGAUCUUGUAUGCAGUGUACUGCAAGAACCAGAGUCGUGCAAAAAAGGGGAUUAGGGAUGAAUUGCGGGAGAUGGAUCUUGAAAAGACGGAUCAAAGUGAUGGAACCGGGUUGCCACGCUUAAGCUUCAAUGCUUCUAGCAAACACUGACUAGCUUUCUCUAAUGUAUUUGCCGUGGCUAGCAGUAUCACUUAGAGAGGGCGAAUAAGUGAUUUGAAAGAACUUGAUAAAUUAAUGCCGAAUUUAAACAAUCAAGUUCAGAACCAAGUUAGAGACAAAACAUAAAUAGUGAUCAGAUUCCGGUGUGUGCAAUAUACUAUCGAUAAUAAUGCAUGAGAGUUAAGGGAUAGAAAAAAUUGCACACAGAAAUUAUA